AAAACAUUCAGUUUAACUGAGCAGGGAGGGCAAAUGCUCGGAAACUCUCCUUCACUCUUACUUUCUUCUCGUUACUCUGUCUCUCCCCUUUCUUCCUCCUACAGUCGUUUGCACUGCGUCGAGCUGCUCAGACAAGAAACCAGGAAUAACACACUCUGACCAGAAGAGAACAUGAACUCCCACCUGUUUUUUCACGUCACCUGUGUGACGCUGCUCUCACUGUGCUGCAGUUUGUGUCACUGCACUCCUUUAUUCUACAACAUAUCAAUGGACGGCAGUGGCGAUGAAGCUGAGCUGGAGCUCCUUUUCCCAACGUCUUUCGCCACCCGAGCACCUGUUCAGAUUACUGCAUCUACCGGAGCUCCCACCCUCACCAACACCAUCACCACCACCAUGAUCCGCCUGAAGGACUUCGUCCUGACCCGAAUGGUGGACUUCCUGCAGGAGAAUCUGCUCAUCAUCAUAGUGGUGACCUCUCUUCUCAUCGUCAUGGUCUUCAUCAUCUGCUGUGCCUCCGCCAUGAGUCACAAGCGCAAGCUGGAGGCCUACAAACCUCCUCCUAAUCCGCCCAGGAAGUAUACAGCUGAUAAAACCGGAGGACGCAAGCAUUCGGGAGACUUCCAGGAAAGGCCGUACGCCGUUGACCACGUCAAGAGGGUCCAGACUCAGAGCAUGGCCUCCCCCAAGAACCUGCGGCAGCCUUCCAAGGCUCUGGUGGGAGAGAGGGGGAGAGAGGUCAGGUCAUCGCCUCGCCAGGAGGUCAGAAAGGUCAGAGAUGUAGAGGAGGUGGAGAAGCGCAGAGAGGAGCCCAAAUACAAGGAGCAGGUGAAGCACAGGGAGGAGGUGCAGCAGAGCUCCAGCCCCAGCACCAGCUCCAGUCCUCCUGUCUGCACCUGCCAUCUGAAGAAAGCCCACCACUAGGGCAGGACACAGGAUUUAACUGGAAAAAAAGGUGACCUAAAUUAAAAACAAGAUCAGGCAGUUCCAAGCAUGUAGGCAAAAUCUGU